AUGGCCAACAACUCUGCUGUCCAAGCCAUAUCUGCAAGCUUCUUCUAUAAUUGCUGGACAGAUGCCGCCCUUGCGCUAUUUAUUUACGAUUUCAUCCUCACGCUCGACAGCGAGUUGAUGCUCUUCUGGACGGUAGGCCACGUGUCCGGAGCAACCAUUCUGUUUCUCCUCAAUCGAUAUAUCACUCUCGCGUCGCAAAUCAUAUAUAACAACACGAUCCCUUCUUCUGUGGAGGUCGACGAUAACGCACAUUUCCCAACAAGUGUCAUUGUGUAUCUUGAGGAACCCUUGACCUCAAUCCUGACAUCGAGGUUCCUUAUCGACCUGCAGAAGGCCCAACGCAAGCUAGCGGGCUCUUCUCGGUCAGUCUCACUCGGGGAAAUUGCAUUCCAACCGCAGUCAUCGGGGAACACCAGUCGCUUCAUUGGGUCUUUGGGAGCUCAGAUCUCGUUCCACGAGGUCGACGAAGGAGAGAACGAGGCGGAAGUUGCAUCGUAG